AUGUCACAGUAUUCAGGGAAGGUGGUGUUCUACGAGGGGCAGUGUUUCACAGGCAGGAAGCUGGAGGUGUCUGGAGACUGUGAUAACUUCCAGGAUCAUGGAUUCAUGAACAGAGCAAACUCCAUCCGUGUGGAAAGUGUGGCUUGGUUGUGCUUUGACCAUCCAGACUUCAAAGGACAGCAGUACAUUCUGGAGAAAGGAGAGCAUCCGGACUUCCAACGCUGGAAUGCCCACAAUGAUCACAUGGGCUCCUGCAAGCCAAUCAAAAUGUAUGGGAAACAGUAUGCAGUUAAAUUAUUUCGGGGUAGGAGUUGGCUUGAACAUUGCAUGAGUAGUGGUCUUCUCCAGACCAUAGGAUUCAGCAAGAACUGUCUCGGCUCCAUUAAAGUCUAUGGAGAUGGCGCUUGGGUGAUGUACGAGGAGCCGAACUACCGUGGCCGCAUGUAUAUUGUGGAGAGAGGAAACUACUGCUCAUUUAUGGAGUGGCAAGCUGAGAAUCCCAACAUUCAGUCAUCCGUAGGGUGGUCAACAAUUUCUAAACCUUUAAACCCAGCAGCCUGGCUCUAAGAAUCAACACAACUGCUCUAUAAGACGUUCUAGUUUAUUGACCAUCUGGAACAGCUGAGCUUUGAUUUGUAAAUCACAGAGCGUUUUGCUUUUAAUCUCAAUGAUAACAGACAGAAUUUCAAUGAUAAAUCGGUUGUUUAAAAAGAAAAUGUCAUUAGCACUGUAAUAUUGUAUCUAAAAUUUUGUCUGUUUUACUUUGUGGUUGUCUUGAGGCAACGAGCUGAAA